ACAGUGACGUAAUGGACAUGAAAUAGCCUAACUAGUUAAGAAGGCAGUUUGUGACUCUGGAAAAGAGAGCAGAGCUUGAGACACAGAGGACGUGGACACAUUGGUGAAGCGAACAUAGAGACUUGGCAGUGGCUGUUAGACCCUGCAUCGUCUUGGGGAAGAGAACUUUAAAAGAGGACCAUGGUGCAGCAUACCGACAACAGCGAGACGGACGGCAGCAUGUCCAGGGAAGCGACCGAUUCAGAGGAGAGUGAAUUUAUGGCUUGCAGCCCGGUACCGAUAAACCCAGACUGGUGCAAGACAGCAACCGGUCAUAUAAAAAGACCUAUGAAUGCAUUUAUGGUUUGGUCAAAAAUUGAAAGGAGAAAGAUCAUGGAGCAGUCCCCGGACAUGCAUAACGCAGAGAUUUCCAAAAGGCUGGGAAAGCGCUGGAAGAUGCUUAAGGACAGUGAAAAAAUCCCCUUCAUCAGGGAAGCGGAGAGGCUCCGGUUAAAACACAUGGCUGAUUAUCCCGAUUACAAGUAUAGACCCAAGAAAAAGCCAAAGCUUGAUAGUUCAAAAGCAUCAGCACCGUCUCCUGAGAAAUCGUGCAACAAAAUGGCAAAGACGGCAAGUAAGAAAUGCUCCAAAAUAAAGAGUAAGACACAUUCUAAGUCGUCUCACUGCUACGGAGAUGACUGUGUGUUUCCAAAAGUAAUAAAGACUAUUAAAAGUGAACUCACAGAUGAUGAUGACGAUGAUGAAUACGAGGAGGAAUAUCGUAUGCGGAUUAAACAGGAGGACGAGGAACAGAUGAGACAGUAUAAUGUAGCGAAAGUUCCCGCGAGCCCAACUUUGAGCUCCUCGGCUGAGUCCGAGGGAACGAGCAUGUACGAAGAAGUACGGAAUGCUGCACCGAACAGACUGUUUUACAAUUUCAAAAACAUUACCAAGCAGAGCACAAUGUACCCUGCUUCCGUCUCACCAGCAUCUUCUAGGUCAGUUUCCACAUCUUCCAGUUCUAGCGAGGACGCGGACGACUUGCUUUUUGACUUCAGUUUAAAUUUCGCCCCGAACUCUCAAGGGCAGGAGCAGGGCAACCCGAAUUCAGGAAAUCUCUCUCUCUCUCUUGUGGAUAAAGAUUUGGACUCGUUCAGCGAGGGCAGUCUGGGCUCUCACUUUGAAUUUCCAGACUAUUGCACACCAGAGCUCAGUGAAAUGAUUGCAGGGGACUGGUUGGAGGCGAACUUUUCAGACUUGGUGUUCACUUACUAAAUUGAAAAGAUCCGAGUAAUAACAGAGGAGAAAUGAAAUUAUAUGUCCUGUUCAAGUGGUUCCUAUAGGCCUGCCUCCUCUGUGGUUUCUAGGGGUCCGGGGAGGAGGUGAGGUAAGGUUUGAGGAAAUAGAUGCUUAUGAAGCUGGUACUGUAGCAAAAAAGUCUGCAGACGUUUUUCUGGCAGCAUGACAGGGUUUUAUGGAUUUUUCUGUAGGUCUGCAAUUACUGUUCAACUAAAACGGACCGCAAUGGGAAAAAUCUGUGAACUUCUAUGCAUCUUAUCCUCUUAAAACUGCAGGGAGCUGAAAACGUAGGACUGUGGACUGACUGAAAGGAAAUCUGUGAACUGACAAUGUUCAGGAUGUUACUUUAAAACGGUUUUAUGUAAUUUCUAUGUGCCGCAAGCAUUUGUUUUUUUUGUAACUGAUUCCGUUUACCUCCUGAUUUGAAAAUUAAGCAGCCUAAACCUCUCCAGAAUACAGUUGUGGAGGAAACAUUUUGAUACAUAACAGACCUCAUCUUUUUAAAUGAAAAGUAAGAUAUUUUCAGGCAUAUUUUUGUACAGUUAAAAGGGAUUGUUCUUACUGUGCUUUCAGUGAGUUUCAGGCACUUCUUCCCUUUAUUUUUUUGUUUUAGCAUGCAAGGGAGUCCUGGUUUUAAGGAUUAAGUUAAAUUAAAACUUGCAUCAAAAUGCCUUGUGGAUUUUAAGGUUUUGUACAGUUGUAGAACAGAUUUGUUGAGUAUUUGUAGACGAUACAAUGGCAUAAUGGGGGCAACAUACCUCAGUGCUGGAACUAGUUUCAAGAUUGUAUAUGUACUGUAAGAUAGUAAAGUUAGGAGUUUAUGUAUAACAUUCUGAUGAUAUGUGGAUGGGUCCCAAAUCGCAGGUGUGAAACUGGAUUUUGGUAUUUUUUAUGGCACAUACUGUUUUUUCCCCCUUCAUUUUUUGUGCAAUAUAUACUCUUAAAAUACACACCAUCUGCAUUUUUGUAGCAAGUAAUGGAGAAACAUCCUCAUGCACUGUCGGCGUCGUUACCUGUCACGAUGCGGAAGUAUGCCCUGAUACGAUGCGGAAGUAUGCCCUGACAGAAAAUUAAUGAAUCAGCUGGAACUGAUACAAAACAACAACAUGGUCAUGUGGUGUGAUGCGUUUUAAAAGACAAAACAAAGAUGCCAAUCUGAAUGUUAUUUCGACUCACACGUUUGGACAUUUGAAAUAUACAAAACAUAUCUGAAAACAAACUGUGUAAAACUGACCCCAAAAUUCUGAACAAAAAAAAUAAGUACUGCUAAAGGCGUGCUUUCACGUGGGUGGUCUGGUAUAAGUCAAACAAGCAAGCAAAAAAGAACAUUCCAUAGUCCUGUUUCAUAAAAUGAAACGUUUUAUUUUAAACUGAAGACUGCCUUCUUUUCUUAAACAUUAACCAUAAACCUGUAUUUUUGUUUCUUGCACUUAAGACAGAUAUUGUUUAUUUUUAUGUGGGUCUUACAUAUGAAGUUUGUUUGAAUACAAGGUUUGGAAUGGCCUAUCUAUAUGCCAGGAAAUGUUAAAGGCUUCAUGGCAGUAGUUAUUUCACAUUCCAAGUGUGAAUUUCUCUUUGACUCAUCUUUUAAUAAACAAGUACAUACCACCA